CUUUAAGGUUCCUCUUCUAUGAUCCUUAUCUUCAAACUGCACUCUUCUCCUCUCCCUCUCUCCGCUACUCCAAGGCAGGGCAAUUGUCGAUUUCCUGUCUUCAUCUCCAUCCUCCACGUGAGCCUAAGCCUGACUUCCUCACAGUGUCUCCCACCUGAUCAGGCCCCACAGAUCCUCACCCAGGAUUUUCUUCAGGGGUUUUCCCUGAGCAGAGUCAGCUAUGCCAAGUGUCCCAGCACUAACUGCUUCCUCCCGGCUGCUUGCAACACUCUUCGGUUUCCUCAGUAGGAAUGUCCACAGCAGUCCGGCAUUCAGCAACAGUCCCUCCCUGCCCUACUCUGUUCUCAAUUUCCCUUCCUACUGAUAUCACUCUGGCUCCCAUGUUCCUCAAAUCAUCUCAUAGAGCUCUGUCCAUCAGCAAAAAUGCUCAGCCUUUCUCAAAGAUGGCAGAAAGAACAAACAGAAAACCGACACCCACCCACUCACCCUGUGUUUCCCUUCGGGUCACUAGUCUCUGCCCUACUUCAGUGAAGUGGCUUUUCACCCUUGCUGGUGACAACUGCCUUCGAGGGUCAAAUCUUUGGUGAUCUCACCAGAUCUCACGUUUGUGCUCUGGAAACUGUUAUCUACUCGGGGAACUUAUGUCAGAAGCCAAGGAGGUGUGGCAGCACAGCUCAGCUUCUGACAUCACCCUCUUAUUAUCAGUGGGAGCAGGCUUGACUUAGCACCCUUAUCUAAGGCAGCUUGGAGGACAGCUAACUAAAAGUUUGUCCACGUGCUUGACCAGUGGGGUUUCACUUUUGCAAACAUCUGUUUAUAUCCCUUGAGAGGAAAAUAUCAAGCAGCCUGCCCCAAGACUGCUGUUUCGCUGUUUCAUUUCAAGCCGUGAUCAAGGGCAGCCCAAGAUGGAUAGUUACACGGUGGCCCCCGAGGAUGACUAUGAUGUCCUCAUACAGGAUGACCUGGACAUCCAUGGGACGGAGCAAGCCCUCACCCCCGAGCUCCUCUCUGCCCAGCAGGUACUGCAGUUCUGCUGCUCUGUAUUUGCGGUGGGUCUCCUGUUCAACGUGCUGGCUGUGUUUAUCCUGCUGAAAUACAAAGGACUCAAGAAUGUGAGGAACAUCUACUUUCUAAACCUGGCAGUUUCGAAUUUGUGCUUCCUGAUUCCCCUGCCAUUCUGGGCACACACUGCCGCACAUGGGGAAAGCCCCGGCAAUGGGACUUGUAAAGUUCUUGUUGGACUCCACUCCACAGGCUUGUACAGUGAGACGCUUUUAAACAUCCUUCUCCUCGUGCAAGGGUGCAAGUUGUUUUCCCAAGGGACGCUGUCCUCCAUGGUCAGGACAGUGCCCAGUGGUAUUGUUACAAGUAUCCUGGCAUGGAUCACGGCUAUUGCACUUACUUUGCCUGAAUCUGUGUUUUACCAGCCUCAGAUGGAAAGACAGAAACACAAGUGUGCCUUUGGCAAACCUCACUUUUUGCCAGUUGAAGAGCCAUUCUGGAAGUAUUUUCUGACUUCAAAGAUGAACAUUUUGGUUCUUGGUUUUCCUCUGGUGGCUUUUAUCUUCUGCUGUGGGCAAAUGAGGAAAACGCAGACCUUCAGGGAGAGGCAGAAUGAUCUUCAGAAGCUUGAUUUUGUCAUAAUGGCUGUGUUCCUUUUGAUGUGGGCACCCUACAAUAUCGCACUCUUCCUGUCCGAGUUCCAGGAACACUUGUCCCUGCAGGAUGAAAAGAACAGCUACCACCUGGACGCAAGUCUUCAGGUCACACAGCUCAUUGCCACCACGCACUGCUGUGUUAACCCUAUCAUCUGUUUGCUUUUUGACAAGGCCUUUGCAAGAUUUCUCUGCAGCCUGUUCCCACGGUGCAAUGACACCCUGUUUCAAAGUAGGGGGGACUCUCAUCGAGCUACGCCAAGGAGAGGUCAUGACCAGCCCUUUGAACUCUACAGUAGUUUGCAUCAAAGGCAGGAUAUAUAAACCUUGAUCCUUGUCUCUUCAAAUUAUUUUAUAUAAUUUUUACAUGUUUGUAUAAAAAUAGAAUAUAAAAAGAAAGAGGGCUGCUGGUUAAUGAAUAUUUACUAGCAAGCGUUGAAUUUGUCUCCAGUAUAGGGCUUCGCUAUUUAUAAAGGUGAACUCUACUCCUUGUCUACAGUGUGGGUGCUCUUAGUCCCAUAGCCAAGAAAGAAACUGAGGGUCAGUGAUUCAUUCAAAGCUAAGUAACUACAAAGUGGCAGAGCUGAAGAUCAAAUCCAGACAUCACUUGUCCCAGAGCCUGUGAGUUAGCCAAGGGUGCCAUCCUUUUGGUCAUUGUCAGCCAGGGGUAAUGGCAUAUGUCUGUAAUCCCAGCACUCUAGGAGGCUGAGGCAGGAAGAUUCCCAUAAAAGCAAUGGUAACCUGGGCAAUAUAACAAGAUCUCCCCAACCCCAUUUUUUUGUUCAACAAAUGAAUAUGUACUUUCAAAGCCCAGUUUGAAGGUUGGGGUGUAGUUCAGUUGGUAGGAUGUCAGCCUUGCAUUCCUGGCAUGGCUGGGCACUUUUGUUUUGUUUUGUUUUGUUUUUUGGGGGACAGGCUUUCUCUGUGUAGUCCUGGCUGUCCUGGAACUCUCCUUAAAGUCCAUGCUGGCCGUGAAUUCAGAAAUUCCCUUGUCUCUGCCUCCUAAAUCCUGGGAUUAAAGUAUGUGACACCAUUUCCAGCUCAUCCAGCUCGGUGGUGCACAUCUUAAUUUCAAGAAGGAAGGCAGGAAGAUCAGAAGUUCAAGGUCAUCCUUGGCUACACAGUGAGUUCAAGGCCAGCUUGGGUUCAUUAGAUCCUGUCACACACACACACACAAAAAAAAAAAAAAAAAAAUUAGAAGCAAAUUUUAGUGUGGAAACAGUCUUCCAGACACAUGUUCCUUUGGGUCAUGGGGAGAACUGACUGCGUGGAGGCUGUGGAGACCAAAGGUAAAGCGAUUGGUCCUGUGGAGACACACUGGGCUCUCUUGACUAGUCACUGUACCCAAAUUUCCCUGGGACUCUUCCAGGGUUUUAGAGUUACUUGCUGAUGACUACAUCAUGAAGGCUGUGGUGUCUAAGGAAAUUUAACAAUGUAGAUGUAAAAGUAUGUUUAGAAACGUUGGAUUAAAUGAGCACUGUGACCUUUGAAAUAUAA